AUGGAGGCGGCCUCCGCCUACCUCCCCGACGACGUCGUCAUCGAGAUCCUCGCGCGGCUGCCAGCCAAGCAGCUCUGCCGCUUCAAGUGUGUCUCCCGGACCUGGCGCCGCCUCAUCUCCGAUCUCGCCCACAGCGACAGGUUCGCGCAGACAUUGUCAGGCCUCUUCUACUACCGACACCGUCCCCAUGAUGGCGCCCACCGGCCCUGCUUUGCCGGUUUGCGCGCGCCUCCGCCUCCCGGAGUCGACACGGCGCUCUCCUUCUUGCCGCCGAGUUGUGCGGGGAUGGAGCUGCUCGACUCCUGCAACGGGCUCCUCCUCCUGCGCAGCUCGCGUGUCCCGUGGUCGCCUCGGCCCCGCUUCUACGUCGUGUGCAAUCCCGCCACCGGCGACUGGGUUACCUUGCCACAGCCGAGCCACGCCCCAGGGGAGAUGUGCUAUGAUGAUGCGAUGAUGGCAGACAAGAACACCUGCGUUGCUGCGCUAGGCUUUGAUCCGGCCACCUCAUUGCACUUCCAUGUGUUUCAGUUGGUGGAGAAGGAGGACCAAUUUGUGGAUGUCGUCGUUGCGAUGGAGAUCUAUUCGUCUGAAACUGGCAAAUGGAUUCUGAAGGAAAGUGGGUGGAGUAAAUCCAUACUCUGCAAUCUUCAGAUGACCUACCUCAAUGGCUUCCUACAUUUUGGCAUCAUCGACGACGAUGCAGUUGCCUCGGUGGACACCAAAGGGCAGACAUGGAGAGUCACCCAUGUACAGCAGCGUCGUGACGACCCUGAUGACGGUGGCGAUGGCUUUGUUGGUCAUUCUCAGGGGCGCUUGCUCUAUGUGGAUGCCAACCUGAAUGAUGAUUCCAUCUCAAUCUAUGUUCUUGAGGACCAUGACGACAGAUGGGAAUGGACCUUGAAGCACAGCGUCAGCAAACUGGAUCUGAUUCAACCAAGAAAGUCACCACGUGGAGUGUAUUUCGGCGUUGCAGCAAUUCAUCCAGAUGAUGACUUGAUUUACUUCUACGAAGGUGAAAGACUCAUGUCCUAUGAUAUGACUCAUGGGAUUGUGCAUGUUAUCUGCACUCUCAGUGAAGUGUCACCCGUCCACCGCCCAUUUCUACCAUAUGUUCCGUUCUACUCAGGGCCUUUAGCAUCGCCAAGUGCUGACUAG